AUGGGCGUUGGCUUCCUGGCGCGGUUCGGGGACAUUUGCUCAAGUGUGGUGGAUGGAAUCAGCGAGGGCAUCAACUUCGGCUUCAACAGCUACUGGGUUGCGUGGCAGGGCUACUAUGGCGAAAACGAGGCUAUGGACAGCUGUGCAGAUUACACGGAUGGAGCCAUGUACAAGGCCUUCUGCGAUCUUCACUGUAUUGAGGAUGAGGUGUUGAAGGGCAAUGCGGCCGUGCUCAGGUCAAUGAAAACCCAAGAGACGCAUGUCAUCAGCACUCUGCAUGAUAUGCUCAAGUGGUACACCACGGAACUCUUCGACAAGUUGAAGGAGGCCCAAGAUCAGAGCGCCCAGAACACCAAGGAGCAAGAGCGCGUGCAAAAGGCUUACUUCGAGCAGCUGGCCACGAUGCAGACGGACUACGCGGGUCAGCUGAACACGCAGAUUGACCAGCUCGGGGUCGACAUCAACAGCCGAUUCGAUAACAAUGUGGUUGACCCACUCAAUGUGCUGCAGGGGCACCUGAAGACUGUGAACGACAAUUUGAUCAGCCUGGGUAAGUGGCUAGCAGACCGGCCGAUCUUCGCCACGGACGAUGCCGGCUGGACACCCCCAACCUCUGUCCUGGACGUGUCGAAAAGUGUCCCCAACGCGUCGGAAGCCUAUGCUGAAGCCUAUGCCCAUGUCGCAGCAGUGCAUGGUGAGGUGCUGGAGCUCUCGCAGGCCCUGCAUGGGGCCAUGGGCCGUGAGGUGUCGAGAGACGAGCAGCUGCUGCUUCCCUUGCUCUCCCGCUUGGCCUCGGAACUUGCAGGCCUGAACGCCACUGCGAGGACAAAGGAGGAGCCCAACUUAAGGUCGGCAGCGCAGACCCUGCGCCGCUACCGGCAAGAGCUCUCCGGGCUGCCUUCAGAGACGCUGAGGGAGACUUUUCAGCGGCGGACCAAGAAGAGCCUUCAGCCUGCCCUGCGCCGCUUUCGCAAGCAAGCGUUGCUGGUGUCGACCUUGUCCUCCAGCCUGGUCCAGUUCGGCAUCGGUCCGAAGGCCAGCCAGAUCGGUGAACCUACCAGCAGCUUUUGGGCCAGUGCAGACAAGGCGGAAAAGUACCAGGACUUGAUGAUGCUGAUCCACCGCGACGUGAGCGAGUAUGUCCAGAAAGCAAGGGUCUUUGUGUCCGCCCACAAGGACACUUUGGCACAGCUCCUCCCAGUCGGGGACUGUGGAGCGAGCGUUGUGGAGAUCGGUCGCCAGGUGGCGGAGAUGCGGCUCAAAGAGCAGGAUCACGUGGUAUCUUUGCUGCGCACCUGGCGGUCUGUGUCUCAAAACCUCGACUUCUUGGCGAACCUCGUGGUGGACGGAGAAUUCUUGGAGGCCCAGCUCUUCCAGUGUGCGGAAGUGGAUCAGCUGACCGCGAGAAGCUUGCGCGAGCGGCUUGCCAACGAGACGACUCCGCAGCUCCAGAGCCUACUACCUGUUGCUCAGGAGGCUGUCAGCAGCAACCUGUUGCGGAUGCAGCCCCUGAUGCAGCACAUCUCCCAAGCUUUCGACCUCAGCCAGUUUCUGGCCGACAUGUGGGUCCAGGGCUCUUUCGAAGUGCCGAAGGAGGAACUGGAGCUCGUUCAAGGCGCUUGGCGACGCGUCAUUGGGGCAGCACGGCAACUCCUCGGGGACGCGAGCUACGGGAACUUCGGAGGGUCGUUGUCUCUUGCAUUGUUGCGCAACGCGCUGGAGAAGGUUGUUGAUGCGGACGUUUUCAACCCUCCUGCACCUUGCAACGAUGGCAAGCACCUCUUGUGGAAGCUGCAGCCAGGUGGUAACGCCAUCGUGCUGAACAUCAGGAAUCAGUUCAUGGCCUGCAACCUCACCACUGGGCACCUAACGACCUUAGAAAGCCGCUUUGCUUAG